CUGCCUCCGCGGUUGGUAUUAAACCAUCUGUGAGGACUGGCUGUUCUUUCAGUCCUGAGUCGACUGCCUCGGAGGAACAGUGCUGUGUACAGGGAUGGAUCCUCCUGCCGCUGCACAGUGGAGACCCGUCUUCAGUCGUGUAUGAAGUGUAAUAUGCAGGUACGCAUUGAGAUCUCAAACGAUUUGUAUUCAUGAACUUUAUUUCGACAAACGUCCAUUUCAUGAAAGCUGCACAACAAGUGAAGAAGUAAACGGAGUGAAGCCUCAGGGAACUUCCGUCUAUGUCGGUUUGAUUUGGAAAUGUCUUAUAUAUUCGGAUAAUACUUCAAGAUCUUCAAAUCCAUAGAGGUGAAGCAUAACUACUUGAACUUUUUAUUUCGUGUUCAUGUGAAACUUCCACGUGGACCUGUCGACCCUGUUUCGCCUCUGCACGACCGCGUAAUCGCAUAACGCUGUCAGUGGAGAAUGAAUGAAGAGUGAACCGAUUAUUUUCCAAACGCUACGGUGACCGAAGAAAGAUGAACAGCCCGAUCAACGUCAUCGUGCGCUUUGGCGACGUUGCGGCGUGCGCGACGGUUCAAGGCACCAUCACUGUAUCUGCUCGCGAGGUGGCAACGUCACGGACCUUAUGAUUUUUUCUCUUGCGCGCGUCAACCUGGCUCAAAAUGUUGUGCACCCUGUGGCUGUUGUUGCACAUGCUGUUCGUGCACGUAGCGCGCACGCGCUGUCACCAGCAGAUGUCAUGGGAGAACUGGAACGGCCAUUCACAGAACAACCGAGAGAACGAACUUGAUAAACCGAGCACGCAGCCACACAUCAUCUUCAUCCUGGUGGACGAUCAGGGCUUCCGAGAUGUGGGGUACCACGGGUCGGAGAUCAAGACCCCCACCUUGGACAGGCUGGCUGCUGAGGGGGUAAAGCUGGAGAACUACUACGUCCAGCCGCUCUGCAGCCCGUCCAGGAGCCAACUGAUGACUGGCAGGUACCAGAUCCACACGGGCCUCCAGCACUCCAUCAUCCGCGCCACCCAGCCCAACUGCCUUCCCCUGGAGAACGUCACGCUGCCCCAGAAGCUGAAGGCGGCCGGCUACGAUACGCACAUGGUGGGCAAGUGGCACCUGGGCUUCUACAAGCGGGGCUGCAUGCCCACCCAGCGGGGCUUCGACACCUUCUUCGGCUCGCUGCUGGGCAGCGGCGACUACUACAGCCACUACAAGUGCGAGGGCGCGGGCAUGUGCGGCUACGACCUCCACGAGGGCGAGGAGGCGGCCUGGGAGCAGGACCGCGGCCUCUACUCCACCCUGAUGUACACCCAGAAGGCGGUGAGCAUCCUGGAGAACCACGACCCCCGCCGCCCGCUCUUCCUCUACAUGGCGUACCAGGCGGUCCACUCGCCCCUGCAGGUCCCCGAACGCUACCUGGAGCGCUACAAGAGCAUCCCCAACAUCUACCGCCGCAAGUACGCCGCCAUGGUGUCCUGUCUGGACGAGGCGGUGCACAACCUCACGCUAGCACUGAAGCGCUACGGCUACUACGACAACACGGUGCUGGUGUACUCCUCGGACAAUGGCGGGCAGCCCUUGGUCGGGGGCAGCAAUUGGCCCCUACGGGGCAGCAAGGCCACCUACUGGGAGGGGGGCAUCCGGGCGGUGGGCUUCGUCCACAGCCCGCUUCUGGUCAAAAAGAGGACCAAGUGCCGGGCGUUGAUCCACAUCACGGACUGGUUCCCCACCCUUGUGACCCUGGGCGAGGGCACGCUGGACGAGGACAUGAACCUAGACGGCUACGACGUGUGGGAGUCCAUCAGCGAGGGGCGCCGCUGCCCCCGACACGACAUCCUGCACAACAUUGACCCCAUGUACGUGAAGGCCAAGAACGGCUCGUGGAAGGCGGGCUAUGGCCUGUGGAACACAGCCAUCCGGGCGGCCCUGCGCGUGGGCCACUGGAAGCUGCUGACGGGGAACCCGGGCUACAGCGACUGGGUGCCACCGCAGACCUUCUCCAACCAGAUGCUGACCAAGCGCUGGCACAACGAACGGGUGAACUGGGACCGCGGGAAGUCGGUGUGGCUGUUCAACAUCACGGCCGACCCGUACGAGAGGAGCGACCUGUCCCAGCGAUACCCGGUCAUCGUCAAGAAGAUGCUGAUGCGGCUGGCACAGUACAACCGGACGGCCGUGCCGGUGCGCUACCCGGCCAAAGACUUGCGGUCGAACCCCCAGUACAACGGAGGGGUGUGGGGGCCGUGGUAUGAAGAGGAGAAGGCGGUGGACUCGGAGGAAGAGGGGGUCAACGGACUGCUCACCAACCACCUGGCCAAAACUAGACCGUGGAAGAAAACAAAGAAAGGGAAGGUAAGGAGGAUGGCCGAUUAGUCUCGUCCACCUCCUCCCUUUCCUCUCCAGUAACUGUGAAUGACUUUUCCUUUGGCGUGCUCAGGGAUCGACACACAUCCUGUAUUGUGGGAUAAUCAUCAAGUCGUUUUUUGGGGGGGUUGUUUGUUUUUGUUGCUGGUUUUCAAUGGUUAUUUGUACACACCGUAGGACUCGUUUUCAAUGGACCGUUAUUGAAUGGCUUAAAUUAAAACAUAGGAGGGGUCCCACUUGUUCCAACACUACUGUACUGCCAAAACACAACCAAGACCUCAAACUUUCAAGGUUAGGGCUCCUGAGAUUUUUAUUUUCCUCACAAAGAGUGUUUAUUUUCCUAGGUUUGGUUGCAUGCUUGAACUUGUCAGAACUUUCUGAUUGCUUAGUGGAUUAUACGCCAGAGUAUAGAGAACAGUUUUAAACUUUAUAAAAUAAAUUAAAGAAAACAUAGUUUUAUCGUGAAGUAAUUGUGGAUAAUGGGCUUGUUGAAAUGGAUAUCUUUAUCUGAUCGGAUAGUUUAUGUGAUUUUUCUUCAAGGGUUUGCAAGCAUGUUCUGCCUGCAUACUAGUAACCCCGAUACUUGUGAAACUAUAGUGAAACAAGGAGGAUGUUUCUGGUCUGGCACCAGGCCAAUAUGAACGAAAGGCAAUCUGACUGAAUUAAAAAGACCCAGAAACAAA